AACCACACAAAAUGGAAUCCCUUCCUCAAACCAAUAACGAUACGUAAACUUGUCACAUACCAUACAAAAUCAAAUCAAACUAUUUGUAUGUGACGUGUAAACUGACUCCCCACCCAAUUCUCCUUGCUCUUAUUCCCACACAUAAAGUCCCCAUGUAAUCUUCAUCUUCUUUCCACAAACGGAGAACUUACCUUAACAAGAAGCAACAGAAGAAGAAGAUCUAGCUUUAUUUUCGCUUUAUAUAAUUUUCUCUGCUUCAUGAAAGACAGCAUGAGUGAUCAGCAAAUCUCAGUGAACCCUAGUAAUCCGGCGCCAUCAGUUCCAGUCAAACCACAAAGUUCAUCCUUGCAAGAUAUUCAGCAUGAAUCUGGUGAAGAAUGCACAUCAUUGAAAACCCACGAAUGCUUUGACAAAGAAGCUGCAUCGCAAGGCAAGUUGGUGGGUGAUUGUAAUGGAAAGAAAACUGGAGUGCAGGAGGAAUAUGGGCGUGAGAGAAUAAAGAGACAUAGGAUUGAGGUUGCAGGAAGGGUUUGGAUUCCUGAUAUAUGGGGUCAGGAGGAACUCUUGAAGGAUUGGAUCGAUUGUUCUGCAUUUGAUGCUUGUUUAGUUCCUAAUGGCAUUGUCUCUGCUCGUGCAUCUUUGGUUCGUGAGGGAAGGAGAGCCAAUUCCACCGGAAUAACGAUAGAAAAUAGUUGUUGAAUAAUAUUGUUUUCUAUGUUUCUUUUCUUUUUCAUUUGCAUUACUAUGAAAAAAAAUAAAACAUGUGAACGAUUCUAUA